AUAAAAACAGCUUGUGAUAUCAUAGAGUUUCCAAAACCAAAACAAACAAAACCAACGACUUGACAACUUAGUAUUCACUGUUGAAGUCUUCAACGGAGCGAAAAAAAAAAAACUACUUUGCUCUAGUAGUCGAGGAGUGAGGAGAGGAGGACACGUGUCCUCUUGAGCCCAGCCGGAGAGUCGGAGAGAUGGAGACGACGCCGUUGAUCGACAGCGGUGACUACACGCCGGCGAGGAGCUUGGCGGAGGUGAGGUGGGUGUUUUGGAGAGAGACAGUGAAGGUGUGGAAGAUAGCUGGACCAAUUGCGUUCAACAUUAUUUGUCAGUACGGCACCAAUUCCAUCACCAACAUCUUCGUCGGACACAUCGGUGCAGUCGAGCUCUCCGGCGUAGCUAUUGCUCUCUCUGUUAUCGGAACUUUCUCUUUCGGUUUCAUGCUUGGUAUGGGGAGUGCGCUCGAGACGCUUUGUGGUCAAGCAUUUGGUGCUGGACAAGUUCACUUGCUUGGCGUUUACAUGCAGCGAUCAUGGAUUAUCCUAUGGGUUACCUGCAUCAUUCUCUUGCCAAUUUACAUCUUUGCGACCCCAGUUCUAAAGCUUCUGGGGCAAGAAGAUGAUGUAGCUGAUAUUGCAGGAAGAUUUACUAUAUUAAUUAUUCCUCAGUUAUUCUCACUUGCCAUCAAUUUCCCUACAUCGAAAUUCCUUCAAGCCCAGAGCAAGGUUAAUGUGAUUGCCUGGAUCGGUUUUGUGGCUCUAAUAUUACACGUAUUACUGCUUUGGCUUUUCAUUUAUGUAUUCGAUUGGGGUUUAGCUGGUGCAGCCAUAGCAUUUGACAUCACAAGUUGGGAAAUUGCUAUAGGUCAGGUUGUCUAUGUUGUGGUUUGGUGCAACGAAGGGUGGACUGGGUUGUCCUGGUCGGCAUUCAAAGAGAUAUGGGCCUUUGUUAGGCUCUCCCUUGCAUCAGCAGUGAUGCUUUGCUUAGAGAUCUGGUAUUUUAUGAGCAUAAUAAUUCUAACUGGUCACCUUGAUAAUGCAGUGGUUGCUGUUGGUUCCCUAUCUAUUUGCAUGAAUAUCAAUGGGUGGGAAGCCAUGUUGUUCAUUGGAAUAAAUGCAGCUAUAAGUGUCCGAGUUUCCAAUGAGCUCGGGUUGGGGCAUCCAAGAGCAGCGAAAUACUCUGUUUAUGUGACAGUCUUUCAGUCUCUCCUUAUUGGGAUCUUUUUCAUGGUUGUUAUCCUGAUAACUAAAGACUAUUUUGCUGUCAUAUUUACAAGUAGUACAGAGUUACAAGAAGCUGUCUCUCGCCUAGCAGUCCUCCUUGGUGUGACCAUGGUUCUUAACAGUGUUCAACCUGUGAUUUCAGGGGUUGCCGUUGGCGGUGGGUGGCAAGCAUUGGUGGCUUAUAUAAACUUGGGUUGUUAUUACAUUUUCGGGCUUCCAUUUGGAUACCUUCUUGGUUAUAAAGCAAAUUUAGGAGUGAUGGGACUUUGGGGGGGCAUGAUAAGUGGAACUGCUCUACAAACUUUGCUUCUCUUGAUUGUACUCUAUAAAACCAACUGGAACAAGGAGGUGGAACAAACAACUGAACGCAUGCGGAAGUGGGGUGGCCAAGACAUCAACAUCGAGAAGAUAACCGAUAAUGUGUGAACUUGCUUAUUAACAAACUGGAUUAUUAUUACUUCCAAGUUCCAACAAUUUUGAAGUCCUUUAAAUGGUCUCAAAAUAACUAACCCCCUAAGACAUUGCAUGUUAAUGUUGUUCGGGGUGUUACAUUUAGUUUUUGCAUUGUAGUACUCCAGUUUUCAUUUUGGCCACAAUUUUGAGGCUGGAGUUAGCAGCAUCUGCAUAAUUGGAGAUGCAUGUUGCAGAUCUUUGAUUUAAAGAGUCCUGCUAUCUCUGAAACUAGCUAGAUCCAGUUUAAAUGUAUGCGUUGUAAGCUUAGCUGACAUUAUUGAAGAUGGUUAAGAUUAUUUAUUUCC